GCGCCGAGCGAUGUUUCCGGUCUAGCUGGGACUGAGGCGGGUAGUGGGGGUCCGUUGGCUCCGGGCAGAGGGCGGGAGCCUGAGACCCGUGACAGGCUGCUUUUGGGAGCGCUGGCUUGGUCGUGCUUAGGGAGAAGAUGGUGUCUGUGACAAUGGCUACAUCAGAAUGGAUCCAGUUCUUCAAGGAAGCUGGGAUCCCCCCGGGGCCUGCUGUCAACUACGCAGUAAUGUUUGUAGAUAACCGGAUCCAGAAAAACAUGCUGCUAGACCUGAAUAAGGAGAUCAUGAAUGAGCUCGGCGUGACUGUGGUGGGCGACAUCAUUGCCAUCCUCAAACAUGCCAAGGUGGUGUACCGCCAGGAUGUGUGCAAAGCGGCUGCCGAGUCCUUGGCUUCCAGCCCCAGCCACCUGCAGGCAGAGCUCAGGCGCAGCGCUACCAGCGCCGCCUCUCGGAUGAUUGCUAACAGCCUGAGUCGGGACUCCCCGCCCAGCACCCCUGCCAGGCGCCCUGAUGCCAGCGCCUCCAAGAUCUCAGUCACCGUCUCCAACAAGAUGGCCUCUAAGCACGCCAAAGCUGCUGCUCUGGGCCAGCUUGAAGAAGAGAAUGCUGCCGUGCCAGUGAAACGGAGGCGCCGAGUAACCGCUGAGAUGGAAGGAAAAUAUAUCAUCACCAUGCCCAAGGGGACCACGCCUCGAUCGCGGAAGAUCCUGGAGCAGCAGCAGGCGGCCAAAGGUGUCCAGAGGACAUCUGUCUUUGACCGGCUUGGAGCUGAGACCAAGGCUGACACGACAGCUGGGAAUAAGCCCACGGGCGUCUUCAGCCGAUUGGGUGAUGCCCUGGAGACAGACGAGGAGCGGGCAGGAGACAGUGACGAUGACAGCUCCGUCCUACAGUAUGCUGGGGUCCUGAAGAGGAUGGGCAAGUCCUUUGCCAAGGACAGCACUCCCCUGGGAGUGACCAUCAAGGCCAAAGCCACCAGCUCAGAGCCCAAGCCUGUCCCGGCCACCCUUCGGCGCUCAGGGGGCGGCCAGGGCCCCUCUGCUGAGAGAAAGCCAGAAGCGUUGUCCAAAGUCAGCAUCAUCCAGAGACUUGGCAAAGCCACCCUUCCCCCAGAGGCUCAGGACAGCCAAGUCACCAGCACAAAGAGUAAGUCCCCAGCUGAGUUCAAGGUUACCAUAAAGAGGACCCUGGCAGGCCCAAGGGUGAGCAGCUCAAGCGAGGGCCAUAGCGCGCAGAUGGACAACACGGGGACUGUUAGUGUAUUUAAGAGACUGGGGCGGAAGACCGACUAACAUUGCCGCUAGGGCUUGGAGAGCUGUCUUGGAGCCCCUCUGUACUGUGUCUGCCUUAACUCGCAUACCCGGUCUGGCCGGCCCAUGCCUCGGCCCACCGCUGGCUUUCCUCUGGGGCCCUCAGUUGCUUGUGUCUGCUUCCACUGCCUUAGCUGCCCCUUUUAGCUCCCUUUGUCCAAAUUGUACCGAUUCCUCUCAUAAGAAUGUGAAAUCUGGCUAGAUUUCCCCACCUUCAGUGGGGAGCAUCAGAGAGAGAGAGAUCCCGCUUCAGGCCAGGAAUCUGGCACCAUCCAGAGCUGCUUCUGCCACUGGGGAUGUGUGUGUGUUAGGGGAGGCAGAGUUGACAGUGGUCGGUGGAGUGGGAUUGGGAGCCCUUGGGGGAACUGGUGGUAUUGAGUUCUGGAUAAAGGACUUGGGAAAUUCA